AGGUUCUUGGGAGCUUAGCUUUGGUCGUGUCCGAACUCUCUCCGGGUUCGUCUCUGUCCCCUCGCCAUCUCCGACCAACCAUGAAAACAAGAAAGCUCUUUGGAGUUUCCAUUUCUCUGAUUCUCAUAAACAUGGCGGCAGUAAUGGAGAGAGCAGAUGAGAAUCUUCUUCCAUCAGUUUACAAAGAAGUCAGUGAAGCUUUCAAUGCCGGCCCCUCUGAUCUCGGCUACCUCACCUUCGUCCGAAACUUGGUUCAGGGCCUGGCCUCGCCUCUAGCCGGCAUUCUCGUCAUAAGCUAUGACCGCCCCACCGUUCUCGCCAUAGGCACCUUCUGCUGGGCCUUGUCCACUGCUGCUGUAGGCGCAAGCCGGUAUUUCUUACAGGUUGCUCUGUGGAGGGCGGUUAACGGGUUUGGACUGGCGAUUGUUAUACCAGCGCUUCAAUCGUUCAUUGCUGAUAGCUAUAUGGACGGAGUGAGGGGAGCUGGUUUCGGCUUUUUGAAUCUCGUCGGCACGAUUGGAGGUAUAGGAGGAGGUGUAGUGGCAACUGUCAUGGCCGGUCAAGAAUUCUGGGGAAUGCAGGGCUGGCGAUGCGCCUUUGUAAUGAUGGCCGCCUUGAGCGCAUUGAUCGGAUUCCUCGUCUUUGUCUUUGUCGUCGACCCGAAGAAGAAAACAACGAGCCUCGUCCUUCACGACACUAAAAGUGGCGAGGAAAAGAAAAAUACUUCGACCUCUGUCUGGAACAGCUCGUGGGCAGCGACCAAAGCUGUCGUGAAAGUACGGACUUUUCAGAUCAUUGUCUUGCAAGGGAUCGUUGGUUCACUUCCAUGGACUGCAAUGGUGUUCUUCACCAUGUGGUUUGAACUCAUCGGGUUUGAUCACAACAAGACGGCGGCUCUGCUCAGCGUUUUCGCAACUGGAGGUGCAAUAGGUACGUUGAUCGGCGGAAUCAUAGCCGAUAAGAUGUCGGGUUUGUAUCCGAAUUCGGGCAGAGUAAUGUGUGCUCAGUUCAGUGCUUUCAUGGGGAUUCCAUUCUCCAUUAUCCUCCUGAAAGCAAUCCCACAGGACACAGACAGUUACUUCAUCUUCUCGGUCACUCUCUUCCUGAUGGGUCUGACCAUAACCUGGUGCGGUUCUGCCGUGAACGCUCCUAUGUUCGCUGAGGUUGUCCCCCCAAGGCAUCGCACGAUGAUCUACGCCUUCGACCGUGCCCUCGAAGGGUCGUUCUCGUCUUUUGCAGCGCCAUUGGUCGGGAUUCUGUCCGAGAAGAUGUUCGGGUACGACUCUAAGGGCAUCGAUCCUCUCAAGGGAUCUGCCCGUGAAGCCGAGGCCUUAUCAAAGGGGCUUUUGUCAAUGAUGGCCGUCCCGUUCGGGCUCUGUUGCCUCUGCUACACGCCGUUGCACCUCGUCUUCCGAAAAGACCGAGAAAACGCUAAAAUUGCUAGUUCCAAAGAAACCGAGAUGAUCUGAGAUUGUAGUGACGGGUUUCGAAAACGUAAAGAUCGAUUCUUUUUUGCUCCUGGAACCUCAUUGUCUCGGAUUCUAACACAAUGCAGACAACAGCAAAUGUCUAUACCCACAAAUGAAACGAUCAAAGUGUUUACAUA